AUGGCCGCCGACGCACCUUCCGACGACCCGCUUGCCGGCGGCGGGGACAGCGCCUGCUCCACGCCGUUCGUCAGCGCGCCCUCCAGCCCCACCCGCGACCCCUUCUCCGGCCACCACCACGCCGCGUGCUUCUUCAGCGCGCCGGCGAGCCCCACCCGCGGCGCCAGCAACGAGUUCGCCUGCGGCGGCCUCGACUUUGACUUCGACUUCGACUUCUCGUCCCGCUUCCCGUCGCCCUCCGCCGCCGCCAUGUCGUCCGCCGACGAGCUCUUCCACAACGGCCAGAUCCGCCCCGUCCGCCUCUCCGCGAUGCUGCUCCAGCCGCACCAGCCUCACCUCGCCUCGCCUUCACAGGCCCCCGUGGUGGUGGAAGAGGGCGAGCGCGGCCGCUUCAGGGGCCGCUCCGUGCACCGCAAGGCGCGCUCGCUCUCCCCAUUCCGUGCCCACUGGAGGUCACCAUCCGCCGCGCCGCCGCCGGAGUCCGACUCCGUCGAGCCGGCGGCCACGCCCCCGGCCUCGCGCUCCUCGUCGUCCUCGUCCACCGCUUCGUCCGCGUCCUUCUCUUCCUCGAGGAGCUCCCGGCGUUGGGGCUUCAUUAAGGAUCUCCUCCACCGGAGCAAGUCAGACGGCGGCAAGGACAGCCAGCACCCUGCCGCUCCGGCUCCCCCGACUUUCUCUGCCACGCCAAAGAGGAGCCCAUCUCCUUCUCCAUCGCCGGCGGCGGCCAGGAGUAGAGGGGCAGGGAGGGGCAGGCGGAGGUCGGCGCAUGAGAGGCUCUACGAGGCGAGGAGGGCGGAGGCGGAAGAGAUGCGACGGCGCACGUACCUGCCCUACCGGCAGGGCGGGCUGCUGCUCUUCGGUUGCAUCGGCCUCGGCAACCGCAGCUAUGGCACCGCCGUGCACGGCCUUGCUCGGGGUCUCAGCACCGCCACCGCCACGGCCGUCUCUUCAAGGUCAUGA